AUGGAGGAAAAAAAGAACUGGUCCGAUCUGCAUUCCGAUCUUGCCUCGACAAUCUCAGAACAAUUAGGGCUAAUUGAUCUUCUCAGUUUUCGUGGUGUCUGUCAUUACUGGAGAUCAUCUUCUUCACAUGCUUCAGCCGAAAUCGAAUCCUCAAUACCCAAACCUUGGUUCUUGUUAUACGGUGAAGCUGCUCAAUGUUCCUUAUUAACCAACAACGAUAGAAUCUACAAGAUUGAGAUUCCUGAGAUGGCUGAAUCGACAUGUCUCGCUUCUUUCGUUGGAUGGCUUCUUCUGUACUGCAAGAAUGACGAUUCACUCUUCUUCUUUUGCCCAUUUUCUAGGGCAAGAAUUGAAAUCCCUCGAUGUCCAUUAACCUCAGAACAAUCAGAAUCAGAAUCAGACCACCUUUUUGCAGCAUUUUCAUCUUACCCUACGAAUCCAGAUUGUACUGUAGUAGCCAUCAAGCGCAAGGAUAAAGAAACACUGAAACUUUGUAGGCUUCAUCGUGGUGAAUCUGAAUGGACCUUUCAUGAGCAUAUAUGCCCAAUCGCAUUUCUUGAUAGGAUAAAAAGUAGUGCACUUUAUAAAAGAGCUUUUCACUUCUUGGCUGAAUCAUCAAGAGCAUUAGUGUCAUUUGAAUAUGAUACGAUGAAAUGGUUGAAUUAUAUGCUUAGCCCAACUAGAAACCCAAAGAUAGAUACUGCUGAAAAAUUGGACUACUGGGUGGAUAAGAAUUGGGCCAAGAAGGAAUCUUUCUCUUCAAUGUCUGAUAAGAUGAAGAAGCUUCUUGGAAUUGAAGAUCCUUGUUCUAUAUCAAUAUGUGGGGCUAUGAUUCUUAGAGGUGAUGCUAAUGAUCGUGUGAUUCCGCAUGAAGUUCUUGAGGACGAUCAGUACAAGGAAUCUAUGCUACGUAGGGAAUUGAAAGGUGUAUGGCUCCAACCAAGAUUCCAUCAAAUAUCACAAGAUCAAAGAUGGUGA